GUCGUUGCGCAAACACUUCACCAUUGCGACAUACCUCCGCGUCGCCGCACCCUUGCCAUCGCUCCACAAGAUUAUUCCAUUCUCGUUGAUCCUUCCGUGUCCAUCAAGCUCACUUCCGCAUCAUGCUGCUUCGACGAUCUCUAGCUGUGUCCUGUGCUGUCCAGCGGCGCACACUUAGCACUGACGCCAAGAAGCUCAACAAGUACAGCACCAUCUUAACGGAAAACAAGUCCCAUGGUGCAGCCCAAGCUAUGUUGUAUGCCACGGGACUCAAGGAAGAAGACAUCACAAAGCCGCAGGUCGGUAUUGCCAGCGUGUGGUGGGAAGGCAACCCGUGCAACAUGCACCUUCUCGACCUUGCUCAAGAGAUCAAGACGGGUGUGCAGGACGCUGGGCUUGUCGGCUACCGCUUCAACACAAUCGGCGUCAGCGACGGCAUUGCCCAGGGCACGGACGGCAUGUCGUACAGCUUGCCUUCCCGCGACCUCAUCGCCGAUUCCAUUGAAACCGUCAUGGGCGCGCAAUGGUACGACGCCAACAUCCUCGUUCCCGGCUGCGACAAGAACAUGCCUGGGUGUCUCAUUGCCAUGGCGCGGCACAACCGUCCGUCGUUGAUCGUGUACGGCGGCACCAUCCGCGCGGGAUGCCGCAACGGCGAGCGGCUUGACGUCGUGUCCGCAUUUGAAAGCUACGGCGAGUACUUGUCCAAGCGAUUCACGGACGAAGACCGCAAGGACGUGCUGCGCAAGUCAUGUCCUGGUCCUGGCGCGUGCGGCGGCAUGUACACGGCCAACACGAUGGCGACGGCGAUCGAAGUGCUCGGGUUGAGUCUCCCAUACUCGUCAAGUUCCCCCGCCGAAUCGCAGGACAAGAAGGACGAGUGCCGCGCCGCGGGCCACGCCAUUCGGUACCUCAUGGAGCAUGACAUCAAGCCCAAGGACAUUCUGACCCGCGCCACGUUUGAAAAUGCGAUUGCCGUGACCAUGGCACUUGGGGGAUCCACGAACGCGGUGCUGCAUUUCAUUGCGGUGGCGCGGGCGGCGGGGGUUCCGUUGACGCUGGACGACUUUAAUCACGUGGCAGCUCGGACGCCCUACUUGGCCAAUCUCCGACCCAGUGGCAAAUACGUGAUGGAAGAUCUGCACCAGGCUGGGGGCGUGCCAGCCGUGAUCAAGUACUUGCUCGAAAAGGGCUUGUUGAAUGGCGACUGCCUCACCGUAACGGGCAAGACACUAGCCGAGAACGUCGAGCACCUCCCUGGGUUGACGGACGAGGGCCGGAUCGUCCGCCCGGUGGAGUCGCCGCUCAAGCCGACGGGGCACAUCCGGGUGCUGCGGGGCAACCUGGCGCCGGACGGGGCGGUGGCUAAGAUCACAGGCAAGGAAGGCGAGCACUUUCAAGGCCCAGCGCUGGUGUAUGAUUGCGAAGAAGACAUGCUCACGGCGUUGGAGAAGGGGGAAAUCGCCAAGGGCAGCGUGAUUGUCAUUCGAUACGAAGGCCCCAAGGGGGGACCCGGCAUGCCUGAAAUGCUGACGUGCACGUCGGCGAUUUCGGGCGCUGGGUUGGCCAACGACGUGGCAAUGCUCACGGACGGGCGUUUCUCGGGGGGGUCGCGGGGGUUUCUGAUUGGCCACAUCACCCCCGAAGCCCAAGUGGGCGGCCCCAUCGCGCACAUUCGAAACGGAGAUGUCAUCACAAUCAACGCUGUGACCAACCGAAUCGACGUGGACGUGUCAACCAACGAACUCCAGCAGCGCGCCACGUCAUGGACGGAGCCCCCGCUCAAGUACACCCGAGGGGCGCUGUUCAAAUACGCCAAGUUGGUGUCAUCGGCGUCGCUGGGGUGCGUUACGGACGAGUAGAGUAAGUACCCAGCCCCUCGGCUUGUUAAAGAGUUGGUUUUUUUGCCGAGGGGGGGGUUCGAGCCUUUCACGAUUCGUUACCAGUGCAUUCCAAGUAUGGUCAAGUCGUAGUAGUAGUACUAACUCUAAUAUAUGUACAGCACUGUACCACAUCUACACAAGGCUAUUCUACGACGAAUUUCUAGCAGAUAGAAACCUAAGAAAACCCACAGGUCUGUU